GAUCCUAUAGCGAUCUUUACUUGGAGCCGUGCAAGGACAACAAGCUUGAGCUGCCCGUCCCGUCCCGUCCCGUGUGCGGCUGGGCGGAUAGAGAGAUGCACCUCACCAUUGGGGCCACCGAGGAAGGCUGCGACUCUCUGGGGACGCGCUAUGUGGUGUACGUUGUUCAUCUGGAGGGAUUUCUAUUCUGCAAAGUGAGGUACAGCCAACUGCACAAAUGGAAUGAAAAGUUGAGAAGAUAUUUUGGGAGCAAAUGUGUUCCUAGUUUUCCGCCUAAGACUUUUCUUGCACAAACUGAAUCCAUGGCUGAAGAAAGAAGACUUCAAUUACAGUCAUAUCUUCAAAAAGUUGGCGAGGAUCCUGUUAUCAGUGUCAGUGAAAUAUUCGCUACUUUAUUACAAAAUGCACAACAGGAAACAUUUAAAAUCCAUCCUCAAGUUAUCGUCUUGGAGAUUCUUCUUGCAGACAGAAAUAAGCUUCUAAUUGACACCCAUACAUACGACUCAGCGGAGAGGAUGCUUUCGAUUGCAGCCCAGAAAAUUGAAUUGUCCAGGCAAUUUCUGGAAUACAUUGCCUUGUAUCUUGUUCGUGAAGAUACUAACGGAGGAUACACUGUGCUGAGAAAGCUGAAUGCGUUUGAGUUGCCAUAUGUGGGUCUAUGGAGUAUGCAAAAUGAAAACAGCAGAAUAAUGAUCAGAAAAAGUUACUUGGAUCCCAUGAAAGACAGAAUGUUAUUGGGAAUUACUGCUGGAGUCCUCCUGUUGUACAGCCAGGCUAAAUAUGAACUGGAGAGAGACUGGGUUAAACCUACUCCGAACCAAUACCGAAAACUGAAAGCUUCCCAGGAGGCUGGAAAGAAACGAGAGUUCCUUGAACUUAUGGAGGAAGUGAAGUUUUAUGGCUACCAACAUUUCGAGGCCUGCAUCUGUGAUUAUCCAGAGCCUAACUGCCCUACUUCUGUUCGUGUGGGCAAAAAUGAAAUGAACUGCAGCAUCCAGUUACCAAGUAACCACAUCACGGAGGCCAGUUUCAAGGUUAACAGAAUAAGAUGUUGGAGAAUCAGUGUACAGAUACCACUACACAAAGAAAUUGGACUGAAACUGAGUUUUGAAUAUCAGGAUAGCCAAGAUUUAUGGCAAUGGGUCACGAUUCACACACACCAGGCCUUUCUGCUGGGCAGUUGCCUAAAGGAAAUCUCAACAGAAAAACCAAAGUUAGCUGGGAACCAUGCAGAAAUGCCGUCUGAGAGUGUGGCACCAGAUUGUAAACCAAGAUCCUGGAAUGCCCAGUCCACCCUGAGCAAACAUAUCGGAACGGUGCCAGGAAAACAAUGCAAGGAAGUGGCAAGAAAAGAUGAAGCCAGUGUCUUUGAAUACAUUGCUGAUGAUCAGUUAUGAUCUUGGUCGACAUAAACACUAUUUUGGUGCAGUAGCAUAUAGAGCUGUACUUUUGGUCGUGAUCUUCUAAUGUUACAGGGGGAGUAGAUUGCAUAUUGCCCACUCUCUCUAUUGAUAGGAGAGAUGCUAGGGAGGUAGAUACAAAAAUGCUGGAGUAACUCAGC